UUCUAACUAAUAUGAAUCUAACAAAUAAGUUAUUCUAAAUUUUGUUUUCUAUAUUUUCAAUUGACUAUAAAAUGUUCAUAAAAAUAUACUAUUUCACUUUUUUCAUAUUUUGGAUAAAUCAAAUCGAUACAACUAGCUAUAGACUCGUGGAUGAAAGCGAUUAUGUUGAAUAUUUAUUAGAAGUAAUCAAAUAUGUUCUAUUUCCAGGCGAAGAUUCUUCAAUGCAACACUUAACAGACGGUUUAACGCUAAAUUCAGAUUCCAUUCCAAACUUUCUUGGAAACUUAAGUCUACAUCUAAAUGUCAAUAAUUUGCCUAGAAUAUAUGAUGCUAUUAAUGAAUUACUUAUCUGUAGAUAUACAAUUGUUAUAGAAAUUUUCAUUAAAAAUAUUGGUUUAAUACUGCAAUAUUGUGAUAACUAUCAUUUAAAAAACCAAUUUCAUGAUCUUACUGAAUGCUUAAUUACACUUAAUGAUGCAUUAGAAAGUUCAAAGACUCUAUUUGAAAAUAUUAAUAAUGUCAUACAAUUCUUUAGUAAUUUACAUAUGAAUUACGUAUUUAAUAAGUAUGAAAAAAAAAUAAAUAUUAUUGAUGAAAUUUCUUUUAUUAAUGAUGGCAUUCAAUCGAAUAGAAAAUUGGACAUACUUGAGUACAUCGAUAACAACGGUAAUCCUAAAGUUGAGAUGGUUAUUGAGGAUAUUGAAAAUGUCAAAAAUUUUCAUAACAUUAUAUCUUCGAUAAUUUCAUUUACUUCUAUUACAAACAAUAAGUACUAUAGUUUUCAAGAUGAAUUAAAAAAUGAUGAUGCGAUGAAACACGAUAACUAUUCAAUUUCCUGUUUAGAUUAUGUCCAAGUAUGUAAUAAUCUCAAAGUAUUUUAUGAUGAAGCAUUCAAGCUCGAGUACAUCAAUUUUGGUUUUCAUAACUUACUACAUCCGACAACACCAGGACUUGUAUCACCAUUAUAUGAUGACUCAUCUGAAGAUCUCGCAGUCAAAGUUAUAAAUACAAUAAUUAACGUGGAUAAUAGUCAAUUGUUAAUUAAUACGAAAAUUUUGGUGAACGAUCAAAUUAAAGAUUUAAAUGAAAUACUGUAUGAUGCAGAAAAUCUAAACAAUUUCUUUAAAAAAAAGCAAGAAGUUGCACACAUAUUUAGGUGUAGGUAUAGUGAAUUAUUAAGAUACGUUACUGACUUUUUAGGUGCUAUACAACAUGUAUGCAUAUCAGAACAGAAAAAUGAACAUUAUGACAACUUGAUUACUUGUGUAAAUUCCUUGAAAAGUACAUUCCCUGCAGUUACAACUAUGAUCAAUGGUUUAUUAGAAAUUUUGGCCUUGUUUAAAAAAGCGUCCAUUGGGGAUUACAUGAUGAAAUCGCAAUCAUGUUUUAAAAUUGUAGUGAAAAUUGCAUCAGAAUAUAACAAUAUUUUAAAAAGCCUUAAUAUUUCUUUAAAUGCUGAAACUAAUGCAACAAAUGUAAUAGAAUUUUUGGACACGAUACGUCAAAAGCGAUUAAUUGUGACCCGCUUAUUAUCACAUAAUAAAUUCAAUAAAUUUUUUAAUUACUAUUGUGUUCCUGAAAAAAAAUUGUUAACACUAUAUGAAUUAACACGUUCAUAUGAAAAUAUUUAUCAUAAUUUAAUAUUUCUUAAUUUAAGUUCAGAUUUAAUACAAAUUUGUGAAGAUUUUGUUAAAACUGACUACGAUUUAUAUUUUAGUGAACUAAUAUAUUAUUUUUUAUAGGUAAAAUAAAUACCAUUUUACAUUUUUUUAAUUUCUUCGAUGUUAUGAUUUAAUAAAGCCCUAUAUAUGUAUUUUAAUAUCAUUAAAAUCUUUUAAAUUGUUAAAUUUACUUAACAAAUGUU